AUGGCGCUAGCUUAUGUUGUGCGAAUGAAUGAGAAUGCUUCAGCUCAAAAGGCAUGUAAAAGCGAUCCUACUGAUGGUUUACGCAGAAGAUUUAAGCCACUGAAACUACAAGGAUUACUAAUUGUAUACAAUCUAUCUAUGGCAUUAUUAAAUUUACACAUUUUGAAGGAAUUGGUGGAAAGUUCAUCCCAACUUAAAUACAGCUAUUGGUGUCAGCCGUGUAGAGUUAACUAUUCUGCGAAUGAAAUUAAGCUAGCCUCUGCAGUAUGGUGGUUUUAUUUUUCAAAAUUAUUGGAGUUUUCCGAUACGGCAUUUUUCAUAUUGCGACACAAAUGGAAACAACUGACACCGUUGCACAUCUAUCAUCACAGUACAAUGUUUCCAUUGUGGUGGAUUGCCAUUAAAUGGGUGCCAACGGGAUCAACAUUCUUCCCCGCGAUUAUUAAUUCAUUUGUUCAUGUGAUUAUGUAUACAUACUACGGUCUGAGUGCUUGUGGGCCCGCCAUACAAAAAUAUCUUUGGUGGAAAAAAUAUUUGACAGCAUUACAAUUGUUACAAUUCACAAUUGGCUUACUGUGGGCCGUGCAAGCUCUUAUCAAGCAAUGUGAUUUUCCUCGAUGGAUAAGUUGGACCACGAUAAUUUAUAUGAUUUCAUUUUUGAUACUUUUCGGUCGAUUUUAUAAAAGAGAAUAUACGCGUUCGCAUCAGAAAACGAAGCAAAAAUUAAAUUAA